CCGUCGUUCCUCUUUUUAUUCUACCUUUGUUCGCGCCUGUGCUGCUGCCCUUUCCCAUGUCGAAUUUCAAGAGAUGGGCCGUAGGACCGCCUCUGCAUCUGGGCUUGCCGUAAGCCUCUUCCUGCUGCUUCGGUGCUGCUCCAUCAGUCGUAUGGUCUGCUUUUGCUUGGGUGUUGUCUUAUUGAAGGGUCUGCCUUUGCUUGGGUGUCGUCUUACUGAAGCGUCGGGAUCGCCAAAGCCGCCGUUAUGUCGGCACUUGCCGCCGACUCUGCUUCCGACUCUUCUACCACGAUGGUCAUUUUGCCCGUCGGGGAGGCCAGUUUCCCAGCCUUCGGAGCUUUCCAGUUUCUGAAUGAGAUCAGACGAGUCAAACCCCCC